AUGACCCUGCAAUUUCAGUCCACGCUGGAAUAUCUCAAAGCGCCACCCGCGGGCUACCAACGAGCACCAUUCGACGUAGACCAUGCACUAGAGCAGAUCAAGCAGAACGUAACUACGGCUGUCUAUAAUAAUCAAUACGAGUUCGAAGCACAAGUUCAGCUCCUGGUCACCCAGAUACGCGACACGCACGUUGUUCUCAAUGCUGGGGCUCUAUCGGCAUUUUCUUUUGCCGGCUCAUUUGGUCUUGUAAGCGCAUCGAUCGACGGUAAACAAGUGCCUGAAAUCUACCUUGCUCAGGACUUACACGAAGCUUCGGCGAGUAAUGGAUACAAAGCAUCGCCUGUAACCCACAUCAAUGGGAUUGAAGUGGUCAAAUAUCUGAAAACCUUUGCCGGCCAGAACUCUCAAGGAUUCUUAGAACCCCAUGCCGAUUGGAACGCGAUAAUGAACAGCCCUGCGCUCAACGUUCAGGGUAUCCCGAGUACGUUCCAAUCGGCGAAGCUGUACCCUGGGGAUGUGGUCUUCUCCGAUGCGCUCAACUUUACACUCCAAAACACCACUGUCGUCGAGACCGUUUGGUGGGCAACUUGCCGCGAUUGUAAGGAAACAGGACCUCUUACCACUGGCGGCGACUUUUACAACUACUUCGUUCUCGGAUUUCUGCCAGAGAGCUAUCGUGAAGGCGAAAAGUGGUGGCCAACCAGCGAAGACGACUUUCAUCCUCCAUCCGACGACAACGCCAGUAGUUUCAACUUAAAAGCUGCACUGGAAGACUAUUGCAUGGACCGAGCUCCGCCAAGCCAGAACUGGUGCAUGAGCAGCUUCGGCGCAUACCCGACGAAUCCCAUGACUACCCAAGCAGAUCUUUCCAUCACAGGAGGAGGUAUCGUAUCUAGCUAUCUGUUAGAUGAGACAUCCACGGCCGUCCUUAGCAUACCCUCAUUCUAUCAGGGCGGUGUGAAUACCUACAACUUUCGGCAAGCGAUUCGCGACUUCAUCGGCAACGCGUCACAAAGUCAGGUUUCUCGUGUCAUUAUUGACCUGCAACAAAACUCCGGAGGUCUUGUUUUCCUUGCGUACGAUACAUUCAAACAAUUCUUUCCGAAUCUCGAGCCCAAUGGUGCAAGCCGCCAACGUAGUCAUGAAUUGAGCAAUCGGCUCGGUUCAGCCUAUACGGAGUGGUGGGAACAUUCAGGCCACGACCAGACCGAGAAUUACAACUGGGCAUCGAGCGAGUGGAUCGUCACCAACCGGAUCAACACUGCUACUGGGAAAACCUUCUCGUCUUGGGACGAGUUCUACGGUCCAGAGAUCAGCGACGGCGACAAGUUCUCAGGAAGUCAACAGUACAACUUGUCCGAUGAGAAUUUCGACUAUUCAGCAUUCGGCGACUAUCCAUAUGGAUACGAACCACGCGACCAUCUGACCAACAGUACACCACCUUGGGCUCCUGAGCACAUCGUCAUUCUCACUGAUGGUCUCUGCGCCUCUGCGUGCGCCCUCUUUGUGGAGUUGAUGGCAUAUGAAGCCGGAGUCAGAACCAUCGUCGUUGGUGGUCAGCCCGAGCCUGGCCCUAUGCAAGCAGUCAGCGGCACGCGUGGCGCCGCCGCGUACUCCGCUGGCGCCCUCGACUCCGAUUUUGACGAAAACCUGAAGUACUUUCCUGUGGACAAGCCUGAAGUAGUUUCGCAACUGCCCGACCGAACGGAUACAGGAAUAUGGAUCAAUUACGCUGGGUUCACGAUCCGGAAUCAAGUUCGCGGUACAGAUUUCACACCCCUGCAGUUCCAAUACCAAGCUGCCGAUUGCCGUAUCUACUACACGGUUGAGACAGUCUAUAACAUGACGCAACUUUGGCACCACACCGCCCGUGCAGCAUGGGACGACCCGACUCUUUGUGUCCAGGAUUCCACAGGAUAUCCAACGGCCCGUAAUAAGACCUCGACUAAACUGCCUCCACCAGCCACAUCAGUCGCACUUGCAGUCUACGACUUCUCACUUCCGCUAUCCGCCGAUAACGCAACCUUUAAAAUCCUCGACUCCACCAAGGUCAACAAAAGACUAGCUGGCAAUAUUAUCUCGCCCUGUUACGAGAAUCACGCUUGUCAUUGUGGUAUAUUGGAAUUAGAUUGCGGUGGCUCAAUGGAAUAUGUCUCUAAAGAAGUCCCUGCGUGUCUGCCAACAUGCUCCACAGCGAGCGAUUGCGUGGGCACUGACGACUACUGCGACAUAAUAGAGGAACCCUUGCAAACGAAAGCUCACGAUCCGGUUUUUUAUGGAGACACUGGCCUUGCGGUCCAAUACUACGGUCACUGUAAGACGCGUAAUCCGAUAUUCUGCCCGAAGACAGAGACGUAG